CUUUACGCUUCGUCUUUGGAUGCUUGGGCUUCUCUCAAAAGCAAUUGGAUGUCUUCUCCAGCUGAAAGUUUGAGACUUUUCUUCUGCAUUCAAAGGUGAUAAUGUUGAUGUUCUAGUCUAGUCGCUGAAAACCACAUUCGAAUUGUACUUAAAAAACAUAAAAGAGGGUUCUUUAGGGUUUUGACAAAAAGAUGGACAGGAUCAGCAGUUUACCAGAUGGUGUUCUUAGCCACAUCUUGUCUUUCCUUCCGUUAAAGAAGGCUGCUCGAACUUCGGUUCUCUCGAAGAGAUGGCGUAUUCUUUUUGCUUUCACACCAAAUCUUGAUUUAGACGGCAAUGAGGUUAGCGGACAAAGUUUCAUGGAUUUCGUGGAUAGAGUGUUGACUGUGUCAGGAAAUUCCCCUAUCAAGAAAUUCUCUAUAAGGUGUAUAGAGGUUUUUGACCCAGCUCGUAUCAAUCGUUGGAUAUGUGAUGUGCUGAAUCGUGGUGUCUUGAAUUGUGCUCUUCAUUUGGGCUUAGAUGCUGAAGAUGCUAAAGAUGGGUAUUCUCUGCCUUUUGAGAUUUUUACUUGCAAGACGCUUCUGAAGCUGAAACUAGCUGGUUUUUCGAUUGAUGUGCUUCCUGAGGAUGCUUUUCUUCCAGCUCUUGAGUCUCUUGUUCUGAAAUCAGUUCAGUUCUGUAGUCUUCAUGUUUGUGUGUUUCAAAAGCUUCUUUCUGCUUGCCCUGUGCUGGAGGAUUUGGUCAUGAAUGAUUUGAACUGGGAACAAUGGAAAUGGUCUCGCGUGGUAUCCAGUCCGAGCCUUGAGAGACUUACUAUUAAGCGUACACUAUUCUAUGGUUUUGAUGGGUCUGAUUUUGGGAGCAUUACUUUUCAUACUCCGAAUGUUACCUACUUAUACUACUCUGAUUUUGUCCCGGGUUCCUAUCCAACUGUCAAUCUCGAUUCCCUUGUUGAAGCAAGUCUGGAUCUUACUGUGACAGUAGAUCACACCUGGGACUCGUGUUUCGCAGAUGAAGGGGAUCCUAUUACUAGCAAUCCAACAAAUCUGAUCAAGGGGUUGAGAAAUGUUGAGAUCAUGAAUUUGUUAUCUCAUGAGAGUUUGGAGAUGUUCUAUUUCUUCCGUGAAGCAAUCCCAAUGUUCGAAAACCUGUUUCAUUUAUCUUUUACGCCGGGGGCUGGAUGUUCCUGGCGAGGAGUGCCAUUUAUGCUAAACAAUUCUCCUAAUCUAGAGACUCUUAUCAUCAAGGGUCCUUUGCAUCAUGAUGCAAGUGGAUAUGGAUGUUCUGGGUAUUCUUGCUUAUUGUCAUGUCCUGUGAAAGUCCUUAAGAUAACCGAGUACCUCGGAACUACGGGAGAUGUGGAACAAUUAAGGCAUUUCUUAGGGAAAUUGUCAUGUCUUGAGCUGUUGGAAGUUGACAUUUUUGAAACAAGAAACAGGGACGAGUUGCAAAUAACUAAGGAACUUCUAAUGCUUCCCAGAGCUUCGUCCAAGUGCAAGAUCAAGGUCAAUUAACUCAUGCAUUGCAUGAAGAGCAAACUUUGAUUCUUUUCUAAUGGAUUAACUCUUGUUUAGACCUGAAUCUGUUUAACUAAGUUGUUGUCUUUUGUUAGACUUUUCUCUUUGUCUUCAUCUUAUCACUUUUUGUCGUGGGAUUGUUCUGAAAUGAUCUUUUCACUAGUAAUUUGCCUCGAUCAAAUGAUCUAUAUGCUUUACUUGAACCUGAAGGUUAGAUACGGUGUUGAUCCUGAUCGUGUGGAUAGUUGGAUAUGUAAUGUACUGCAACACGGAUAUGGAGUUGAUCUUUAUUCAUGGGACGAUGACAUGUUCUCACCGAUGCUUAAGACUCUUGUUCUCGACUCGAUUGUGUCACUUGAAGGUCAGAUUCAAAUGCUUCUUCUUGCUUGCCUAUGCGCUUGAGGAAUUAUACAUUAUUAACACGAGGUGGAAGGACUCCAAUGUGACUGUAUCAAGCCCGAUCCUGGAGAAGCUAAACUAUAAAGCUCAAGGGCUGAUCUGGAUUAGUAAUUCGGAAGAGAGCCUUUCACUUGAAGAUCCAAGUGUUGGUUACUUUGAUUACACUCAGGACUUUCCAGUAGUUAAAUUGAAAAGUUUAUACAAAGCUAUAAUCAACCUUGUUGUACCCGAAGAUCAAAUCAAGCAAGCAAGAGCACCAGAUGAUGAUUUGUUGGAGACGAUAAUUUUUUCUGGUCUUGGUAAUGUGUGGAAGCUCAUUGUAAAGGAAGUGGACUGCCCAAUGAAGUCUUCGUGAAAGCAAACAUAGCUCAUAUAUUUGAUCAAUGUUUUCUUGGAUUCUCUAUGACGUUCUCAUUGUAUAUUUUCGGUUAGCAAUAAAGACAGAUGAAAAUUAAAGUA